UCAGCCUGAGUAUUAUUGUUUACCAGCCAUCACUGUACUAUGUCAGCCUGAGUGUUAUUGUUUGCUGUACACCAGAGGAACUGCACAUAUAACAAUAGUGUACAGUAUAAUUUUUGUACACUUCUCUGUUGAGUGUUUUUAUAGUGGAUGUUGUAAGUCAUAAACAGUGUUUGUUAAUGACAAGUAUAGUUGUAUGUGUAACUCAUUCUUUACACCAAUUUUUACAUUUAGUUCAAAGAGGUAUAGAGGAACCUUGUUAAUAAUGGUGUAGUCACUUGACAAACUGGAUAUUCCAUCACACUUACCUCCUCACUGUCCUCCCAUCUCAACAUCAUGUCAGCAAAUCACAUUCACUAAUUGAUGUAUGUUUCAGUUUUCAUUGUCAAAUAUAAUUAACAGUAACAAGACAUUAAUAGUUCUUGUAGGAGGAAACAGUUUGCCAGUUAAGUGUCACUAAAACCUUUGAACACACAAUACACACAGUUUUAUAAUGGAAGGUCUCUCAGAGGAACAGGCAGAGUCUCCCAGAGAAUUGUCUGUAAAAUCACAUCAAGUAACACAUGUGAAAGAUGACUCACACCAGACUCUGUUUGUGUGUUCAGAAUGUCUUAAAGGAUUUUGUAGUAAACAGGGGUUAUUGACACACAUGGUAAUUCAUAAAGGAGAGAAACCAUUUCUGUGUUCAGAAUGCCUUAAAGGAUUUAGACGUAAACAGGCGUUAUUGAGUCAUAUGAGAAUUCAUACUAGAGAGAAACGAUUUCAGUGUUCAGAAUGCCUUAAACGAUUUAGACGUAAACAGCAUUUACUGCAACAUAUGAAAAUUCAUACAGGAGAGAAGCCAUUUCAGUGUUCAGAAUGUCUUAAAGGAUUUAGAAGUAAACAGACUUUAGUGGAACAUAUGAGAAUUCAUACAGGAGAGAAACCAUUUCAGUGUUCAGAAUGUCAUCAAGGUUUUCGUAGUAAACAGGGGUUAUUGACACACAUGGUAAUUCAUAAAGGAGAGAAACCAUUUCAGUGUUCAGAAUGUCUUAAAGGAUUUAGAAGUAAACAGACUUUAGUGGAACAUAUGAGAAUUCAUACAGGAGAGAAACCAUUUCAGUGUUCAGAAUGUCUUAAAGGAUUUAGACGUAAACAGUAUUUAGUGGAACAUAUGAGAAUUCAUACAGGAGAGAAACCAUUUCAGUGUUCAGAAUGUCUUAAAGGAUUUAGAAGUAAACAAGAUUUAUUGAGUCAUAUGAGAAUUCAUACUAGAGAGAAACCAUUUCAGUGUUCAGAAUGUCCUAAAGGAUUUAGAAGUAAACAAGAUUUAUUGAGACAUGUGAGAAUUCAUACAGGAGAGAAACCAUUUCAGUGUUCAGAAUGUCCUAAAGGAUUUAGAAGUAAACAAGAUUUAUUGAGACAUAUGAGAAUUCAUACAGGAGAGAAACCAUUUCAGUGUUCAGAAUGUCCUAAAGGAUUUAGAAGUAAACAAAAUUUAUUGAGACAUAUGAGAAUUCAUACAGGAGAGAAACCAUUUCAGUGUUCAGAAUGUCUUAAAGGAUUUAGACGUAAACACCAUUUAUUGAGACAUAUGAGAAUUCAUGCAGUAGAGAAACCAUUUCAGUGUUCAGAAUGUCCUAAAGGAUUUAGAAGUAAACAAGAUUUAUUGAGACAUGUGAGAAUUCAUACAGGAGAGAAACCAUUUCAGUGUUCAGAAUGUCCUAAAGGAUUUAGAAGUAAACAAAAUUUAUUGAGACAUAUGAGAAUUCAUACAGGAGAGAAACCAUUUCAGUGUUCAGAAUGUCUUAGAGGAUUUAGACGUAAACAGACUUUAGUGGAACAUAUGAGAAUUCAUACAGGAGAGAAACCAUUUCAGUGUUCAGAAUGUCAUCAAGGUUUUUCUAAAAGUUAUCUUCUAGUAAGACACAAGAAAGAUCACCCAGAAAAACCUUUCCAAUGUGUAAGUUGCAUGAAAGACUUUAAAGAGAAUGAGAGUUUUAUAUUACAUGCACAGAGAUGUCACCAGACUGACCAAGUGGUCAACUCUCAUCAUUAUGAAGAUGAAAGUUGCCAGGACAUGAGCUUGUCUUGCCAACCAACAGUGGAGAUGUGUGUCUCUGAAGGAGUGAAAAAGGAGACUAAUUAUGAUACACUCUCAGUCAUUUGUAAGACAGAAGCUUCACCAGAGCCGGAGAUAAUUGAUCAAUCUUCUUUAAAGAUGGAGUGCCAGGAAGAACUAGAUUUUGUUAAGGAAGAACUAGAUUUUGUUAAGGAAGAACUAGAUUUUGUUAAGGAAGAAUUCUGAAACUGUUUUUGUGGAAUAUUUGUGGUUUUGAUAAAGAGUAAAGUUUAUAUACUGCACAGGUAGGGACUGAAGGUUUGUGGCCAGUGUAAUCAAUAGUAACACAUGUACUGUAUUGGUAAGUAAUUAAUGUAUCACCUUAUAUAAAUAUCAGUAAUGUGAGGGUAGAGGUACUGUAUACAACACACUACAGG